GGUAAAUCCUAAGCGGCCGGAAUGAUUAGCCCAGGGCCACCCCGCCCCGGCUCCUCCCGCCCUCGCGCCCCGCUUCGUGCCGUCGCCGCCCCGCCUCCCUCGCCAGCCCGUCUGCGGGGUGACACCCGGCUUCGCCUUGGGAAGGGGGCGAGGGCAGCAAGAGAGACGGCGGCCGGUUGGCGGCGGCUGGCACCCUGUAUUAUUUAAUUGCCUAGCUACCACUGAUGAAAAUAUGUUGGAGUAACCGCCGAAACUGCCUUUUAUUAACCAGACAGUCCAUUUGUUUCACUUAUUUUUGUUUGCUCUACUGCUGUGAGCUUUACUGUAACGACUGAGAAACUUGGAAAAUAAAAUGAACUUGCUGUGGUCUUGAACAUAAUUUUUUGAGGAAAAUUAAAGUGCCCGGGGUGACAGCCAGAAUGGCAUCCAGAGAGAGACUCUUUGAACUUUGGAUGCUUUAUUGUACAAAGAAAGAUCCAGAUUACCUGAAGCUGUGGUUGGACAAUUUUGUUUCUAGCUAUGAACAAUUCUUAGAUGUUGACUUUGAAAAACUGCCUACCAGGGUAGAUGAUGUACCUCCGGGAAUAUCUCUGCUUCCUGACAAUAUUCUGCAGGUUCUGAGGAUCCAGCUGCUACAGUGUGUUCAGAAAAUGGCAGAUGGGUUAGAAGAGCAACAACAAGCCUUAUCACUUUUGCUUGUCAAGUUCUUCAUUAUUCUUUGUAGAAAUCUAUCAAAUGUGGAAGAAAUUGGAACAUGCUCCUAUAUUAAUCAUGUCAUCACAAUGACAACACUCUAUAUUCAGCAAUUAAAAAGCAAAAAAAAAGAGAAGGAAAUGGCCGAUCAGACAUCUAUUGAAGAGUUUGUGAUCCAUGCAUUGGCAUUUUGUGAAAGUUUAUAUGAUCCAUAUAGAAAUUGGAGACAAAGAAUUUCAGGACGAAUCCUUAGUUCUGUGGAAAAGAGCAGACAGAAAUAUAAGCCAGCUUCUCUCACAGUGGAGUUUGUUCCUUUCUUUUAUCAAUGUUUUCAGGAAAGUGAACAUCUCAAGGAAAGUCUUAAGUGUUGCUUAUUGCAUCUUUUUGGAGCCAUUGUAGCUGGUGGGCAGAGAAAUGCUUUGCAAGCAAUUUCUCCAGCCACCAUGGAAGUUCUUAUGCGAGUUUUGGCAGAUUGUGAUUCCUGGGAAGAUGGAGAUCCUGAACAAGUGGGUAGAAAGGUAGAACUGACUCUGAAGUGCCUUACAGAAGUGGUACACAUUCUUCUUACUAGCAGUUCUGACCAGCGCCAAGUGGAAACCAGUACUAUUCUGGAGAACUAUUUUAAAUUGUUAAAUUCAGAUCAUUCAGCUUUACCCAAUCAAAGACGGUCCAGACAGUGGGAAAGCCGGUUCAUAGCUCUGCAGAUCAAAAUGCUGAAUACCAUCACAGCCAUGUUGGAUUGCACAGACAGGCCUGUUCUUCAGGCCAUUUUUCUUAACAGUAAUUGCUUUGAACAUCUCAUACGACUGCUACAGAACUGCAAGGCGUUUCAGGGACGGUUGGAUUGUUUGGCAGUGUCAACCAUCCAGGCUUUGACAGCAAUAAUGAACAAAUCUCCAGCUGCUAAGGAAAUAUUUAAAGAAAGAAUUGGUUAUACACAUAUGUUUGAAGUACUAAAAUCUCUGGGUCAGCCCCCACUGGAACUACUUAAAGAACUUAUGAACAUGGCUGUAGAGGGUGAUCAUACUUCAGUUGGAAUUUUGGGCAUUAGUAAUGUCCAGCCUCUCUUGCUUCUUAUCCAGUGGCUUCCAGAGCUUGAAUCCCAUGACCUACAAAUCUUCAUCUCUGAUUGGUUGAAAAAAAUAUGUUGCAUUAACAGGCAGAGUCGAACUACAUGUGUCAAUGCAAACAUGGGAAUUAGAAUCAUUGAAACUCUUGAUUCCCAUUCUUCUCUUCAUCGAACUUGUGCUGAGAACUUGAUUGCUAUCUAUGGUUCCUUGGGGAGUCAGUCAGUGAGCUCAGAAGAAAUCCGUUGCUUACUAAGAUUGCUGAGAGUGGAUCAAUCUGAGUUUAUUCACCCUUACACCACUCCUGUGACUCGAGCAAUACUGACAAUGGCCCGAAAACUUAGUCUAGAGAGUGCACUACAGUAUUUUAAUUUGUCUCAUAGUAUGACAGGAAUUUCUGUUCCUCCCAUACAGAAAUGGCCAGGAUCUGCCUUUUCUUUCAGUGCUUGGUUUUGUUUAGAUCAGGAUCAGUCGACUCUUGGUGUUGCUAACAAAGGAGGAAAAAGAAAACAAUUAUACAGCUUUUUUACAGGAGGUGGCAUGGGUUUUGAAGCUUUUAUUACCCAUUCAGGUAUGUUGGUUGUGGCAGUGUGCACCAAAAGAGAAUAUGCAACAGUUAUGCUUCCUGACCACAGUUUCUGUGAUUCCCUCUGGCACAACAUAACUAUUGUUCACAUGCCUGGAAAAAGGCCCUUUGGUCAGAGUCUUGUUUAUAUCUAUGACAAUGGACAACAGAAAGUUUCUGCCCCUCUCAGAUUUCCUUCCAUGAAUGAACCUUUUACUUCCUGUUGUAUUGGUUCAGCUGGACAAAGAACCACCACUCCUCCACCGUCUCAAAUCCCAGACCCACCAUUUUCUUCUCCCAUUACCCCUCACCGGGCGUCAUUUGGUGGAAUUUUAUCAUCAGCCUCCUGGGGAGGAGCAACUGAAAAAUCAAAAUUAGUUACCAAAUUGAUAUCAGCUGGAACCCAAGACAGUGAAUGGGGAUGUCCCACAUCCCUAGAGGGUCAACUAGGGUCUGUUAUUAUCUUUUAUGAAGCACUACAGCCUCCUCAGGUGAAGGCAUUGUAUUUAGCAGGUCCUAAUUGUUUAAGCCCUUGGAAAUGUCAAGAGUCUGACAUGUCUGACCUGCCUGGUAACAUCCUUCUUCACUACACAGCAAAGGCCUGCAAGAAUUCAAUCUGCCUUGAUUUAUCUGCUAAUUGUUUGCAUGGAAGAUUAACAGGAAACAAAGUAGUGAACUGGGAUAUUAAGGACAUCAUCAACUGUAUAGGUGGAUUAAAUGUACUCUUUCCUUUAUUGGAACAAAUAAGCCACUUUACUGAAGAACAGAUUCCUGAAGCAAUGAAUGAAAGCAUAGUUCCUGAAUUGAUAACACCUGUAGAAGGAGAUAGUAUGUUACUGACCUCCACAAAGGCAUCAGAGUCAAGACUAGAGAAAAAUCUGGUUGCAACAUUUAUCUUGAUUAUAAAGCACUUUAUUCAGAGACAUCCCAUCAACCAGGACAAUCUUAUUCACUCCCAUGGAGUUGCAACUCUUGGUGCCUUACUUCAGAAGGUGCCAGGCACCUUAAUGGAUGUCAAUGUAUUGAUGGCAAUUCAAUUACUAAUUGAACAAGUAUCAUUAGAGAAAAAUAUGCCACUCCUGCAACAAAUGUAUCAGUGUUUACUCUUUGACUUCCGUAUUUGGAAUCGUGGAGAUUUUCCCUUUAGAAUUGGUCAUAUACAAUAUCUUUCAACUAUCAUUAAAGACAGCAGGAGAAUUUUCCGAAAGAAAUAUGGUGUGCAGUUUCUCCUUGAUACACUUAGGAUUUAUUAUGGGAGUAGUUGUAAAUAUAAUGAGCUGUCUCUAGAUGACAUUCGAACAAUAAGGACUUCUUUGUAUGGACUAAUUAAAUAUUUUCUGUGCAAGGGUGGAACACAUGAAGAGAUACAAAGUAUAAUGUGUUACAUAGCUGCUACUAAUGAAGAAGAACAGCUCUUGGGAAUUUUGGAUGUACUCCUCAGUCUCCUACAUACCAGCCCAACUAGAGGUCAGCUUUUCUUACUGCUGUUUGAACCAGGAAAUGCUGACAUACUUUAUGCCUUGCUGUUAAAUCAGAAGUACUCUGACAGACUAAGGGAAAUCAUUUUUAAGGUUAUGGAACAGAUGUUGAAAUGCACAAAUGUUUACGAACGUAGUAAACAACGUAUUCGACUUAGAGAAGUUGGAUACUCAGGAUUGGGACUCCUCCUUAAUGAAGCAUCCAUUAACACUUCUCUCAUUAAAAACCUUACCAAUCAAAUCAUAAAUACAGAUCCUGUUAUUAAUUUCAAAGAUCUGUUAUCUGUGGUGUAUAUAUCUCACAGGACAUAUAUAAAUGUCAGAGUGGUCCUCUGCAGAAAGAUUUUACAGAUUUUGCAUUCCCAGCCAGAUGCAGCAUAUCAUAUAUCACAACAAGUGGGUUGGCAAGACACCCUAGUUAGACUUCUUUUAAAAGAAAAUUUUGAAAAUGGAAAUUCUCUUCAUAAGCACAGUAGAGCUGUUUUAAUGAAAGAAAAUAAAAAUACAUCAACUGAAGAUAUUAAGAAGAACUUCGAGGAAAAGACAGAUGAGGAAAAAAUCAACUCUUUUGCUUCAUCUAGUGUGUCUUCAGAUCAGUGGAGUUUAGAGGACAGACACUCUCUAGAUUCAAAUGCACCAUUGUUUCAAGAAGAUAGUUCUGUGGGAGAAUUGUCUUUCAAGUCCGAGAAUCAGGAAGAAUUCUGGCAUGGUAACCCUUCACAUUUGAGUUUAGAUCUCACUGGAGUUGAUUCAUGUGAACUGAGUGAUAGUGGAAAUCAAAUGACAGAUAGCCUACCUAGCACACCAUCCCCAAUAGAAUCUACUAAAUCAUUUUCUGUUCAGUCUGACAAAGAAAGUAGCAUCACAAAUGAUAUGGGCUUUAAUGACGACUUCUCUUCACUUCAAAGCCAAGAGAGAUGUGAGGAGGAGCUGCUUCAAUUGGUGACAAAUAUUUUAAAUUAUGUGUUGUGUAAGGGACUAGAAAAGUCUGAUGAUGAUACGUGGACUGAACGGGGUCAAGUAUUUUCGGCACUAACUAAACCAGGAAUAUCCAGUGAGCUAAUUCGACCAUCAGAUGAAAUAAAACUAACUUUAUUACAGAAGAUGUUAGAGUGGGCAGUCACAGAAAACAGAGAAACAAAAACUAAUCCAGUAACGGCUGAAAAUGCCUUCAGACUCAUGAUGAUCAUACAGGACUUUCUGCAGUCAGAGGGACUAGUUAACUCAAGCAUGUGGACUGAGAAGCUUUUAGAGGAUAUCAUGCUGCUCUUUGACUCUCUGUCAGUCUGGUAUUCUCAGAGUCCACUAUGGGUAAAGCUCUCUCAAAUUCAGAUCCAGUUGCUUCUGGGAUUCAUUGAAAAGGGCAAUUUGCAGGUUUGUGCAGUGGCGUCAGCUAAGCUAAAUACCCUUCUUCAGACCAAAGUGAUUGAAAAUCAGGAUGAAGCAUGUUAUAUUUUAGGGAAGUUGGAAAAUGUUCUCAGUCAGUCGAUCAAGGAACAGACUGAAAUCUACUCAUUUCUGAUUCCCCUUGUUCGUACUCUGGUUUCCAAAAUUUAUGAACUUCUCUUCAUGAAUUUGCACCUGCCUUCUUUACCUUUUACCAAUGGUAGCUCCUCAUUUUUUGAAGAUUUUCAAGAAUAUUGCAGUUCAAAUGAAUGGCAAGUUUACAUUGAAAAAUAUAUCAUACCUUAUAUGAAGCAGUAUGAAGCUCAUACAUUUUAUGAUGGUCAUGAGAACAUGGCACUUUACUGGAAGAAUUGUUAUGAAGCCUUAAUGGUAAAUAUGCAUAAACGAGACCGGGAAGGAGGAGAAAGCAAGCUCAAAUUUCAGGUAAAAUUUAUUAAAUUUUUUGUGGAACCAUUUAAUCGAACACGCCAGGAGAAUUUGAGGUAUAAUAAUAUGCUUAAACAACUUAGCAGUCAACAGUUAGCCUCUCUUAGACACUGGAAGGCAGUACGCCUCUAUCUUACAUGUGAAAGGGGACCUUGGGCUGAAAGGAAACAGAAUCCAAUCCACUGGAAACUAGCUAAUGUAGAAAAUUAUUCUCGUAUGAGACUUAAACUGGUGCCAAAUUAUAAUUUCAAAACCCAUGAGGAAGCUAGUGCCUUGAGAGAUAAUUUAGGUGUUCAGCACUCACAGCCUUCCAGUGAGUCAUUGCUUUUGGAAGUAGUGAAACAAGUUAAAGUUAGUGAUAUGGAAGAAGAUAAAUUAGAACUUCUUGAAGAGGACAUAACAGCAAGAAUAAACAUGGAUGAGAAAGAAGAACAGGAUCAGAAAGAAAAACUGGUGUUGACAGAAGACUGUGAACUCAUUACAAUAAUUGAUGUAAUUCCUGGCAGAUUAGAAAUCACUACUCAACAUAUUUACUUCCAUGAUGGCAGCAUUGAAAAAGAAGAUGGAGUAGGUUUUGAUUUCAAAUGGCCUCAUUCUCAAGUUCGUGAGAUUCACUUACGGCGUUACAACUUAAGGAGAUCGGCCCUUGAGAUUUUUCAUGUUGAUCAAUCCAACUACUUUCUAAAUUUCAAGAAAGAGGUUAGAAACAAAGUAUAUAGCAGACUGUUGUCACUUCAUUCUCCAAAUAGUUAUGGAACAAGAUCACCACAGGAGUUAUUCAAAGCAUCAGGACUGACACAGAAAUGGGUGAACAGAGAGAUAUCAAAUUUUGACUACCUCAUUCAAAUAAAUACAAUGGCAGGACGAACCUAUAAUGACCUUGCACAAUAUCCUGUGUUUCCCUGGAUUUUACAAGAUUAUACUUCAGAAGAAUUGGAUCUUAAUAACCCCACUGUAUUUCGAGAUCUUUCCAAACCAAUUGGGGUAGUUAAUGAUAAAAAUGCCAAAGCUAUGAGAGAAAAAUACGAAAAUUUUGAGGAUCCUAUGGGAACAAUUGAUAAAUUUCAUUAUGGAACUCACUAUUCAAACUCUGCGGGGGUCAUGCACUAUCUCAUUCGUGUAGAACCAUUCACCACCCUCCACAUCCAGCUACAGAGUGGAAGGUUUGACUGUGCAGAUCGACAGUUUCAUUCCAUCCCUGCCACCUGGCAAGCUCUCAUGGAUAAUCCAUAUGAUGUGAAAGAACUUAUUCCUGAAUUCUUCUAUUUUCCAGAGUUUUUGGAAAAUCAAAAUCAAUUUAACUUGGGUCGUCUACAAGUUUCCAAAGAACUAGUAAAUAAUGUCAUCCUCCCCAGAUGGGCUAAGUCAGCUGAAGAUUUCAUCUAUAAACAUAGGAAAGCUCUGGAAUCAGAGUAUGUUUCAGCUCAUCUUCAUGAAUGGAUAGAUUUGAUUUUUGGUUAUAAACAGAGGGGACCAGCUGCAGUGGAGGCCCUCAAUGUUUUCUAUUACUGUAGCUAUGAAGGAGCUGUGGAUCUGGAUGCCUUAACAGAUGAGAAAGAAAGAAAAGCCUUAGAAGGGAUGAUUAAUAACUUUGGGCAAACACCUUGCCAAUUGUUAAAGGAGCCACACCCUCCUAGAUUAUCAGCAGAGGAAGCAGUACAGAAGCAGACCAAAACAGAUGCUUCAACCUUAAAUCUAUUUCAACAUCUCCCUGAACUCAAGUCAUUUUUCAUAGAGGGAAUUAGUGAUGGUAUUCCACUAUUAAAAGCCAUUGUUCCCAAAAAUCAGUCUCGUUCUUUCAUGUCUCAAGGCAGCCCUGAGUUACUGAUAACAGUAAGCAUGAAUUAUGUUAUUGGAACUCAUGGAUGGCUGCCUUAUGACAGAAACAUUUCUAAUUACUUUACAUUCAUCAAGGAUCAAACUGUGACAAAUCCAAAAACUCAGCGUAGUAUGAAUGGUCCUUUUGCUCCAGGGCUGGAGAUCACUUCUAAGCUAUUUGUGGUAUCACAUGAUGCAAAGUUGCUCUUCAGUGCUGGACACUGGGAUAACAGCAUUCAAGUUAUGUCACUUGCAAAAGGCAAAGUUAUCUCUCACAACAUCAGACAUAUGGAUAUUGUGACUUGCUUAGCUACAGAUUAUUGUGGAAUACAUUUGAUUUCUGGUUCCAGAGAUACCACAUGCAUGAUAUGGCAAAUAAUUCAACAGGGAGGCGCCCCUGUGGGCUUAGCAUCUAAACCUUUUCACAUUCUUUAUGGACACACUGAUGAGGUAUUGAGUGUCGGCAUCAGCACUGAAUUAGACAUGGCAGUGUCAGGAUCAAGGGAUGGCACUGUGAUUGUACACACCAUUCAGAAAGGUCAGUACAUGAGGACUCUACGACCACCUUGUGAGAGUUCUCUAUUUCUGACCAUUCCCAACUUGGCUAUAUCUUGGGAAGGACAUAUUGUCAUCUACUCCAGCAGCGAAGAAAAGACUACCCUCAAGGAUAAGAAUGCAUUACACUUGUUUUCUAUAAAUGGCAAGUAUUUGGGAUCUCAAGUUCUACAGGAACAAAUAUCAGAUAUGUGUAUAUUUGGAGAGCACAUCAUCACAGGCAGCUUACAGGGAUUCCUGUCUAUAAGAUACCUCCACAGUUUGAAUCUCAGCAUCACUCCAUUAGCUAUGCGAUUGCCUAUCCACUGUGUUUGUGUAACCAAAGAAUACAGCCAUAUUCUUGUAGGUUUAGAAGAUGGCAAAUUGAUUGUAGUGGGUGCUGGCAAGCCAGCUGAGAUGCGCUCAGGUCAGCUUUCUCGAAAAUUGUGGGGAUCUAGCAAGCGACUCAGCCAGAUUUCAGCUGGAGAAACGGAAUAUAAUACUCAAGAUUCCAAGUGAUUAUUAUUUCCAUCUUCCGUGAUAAAUAACUGAAACUUGAUUUAUUACUUUGUCACUUUAACCACAUCUCUCAACUCUCUGAAAGGUUUUAAGGUCUUUAUCCCUGAAAAUAAUUUAGGGAUUGCUACAGUUUGAUAUGGAGUAUAUAAAGAUAUAGGUUAUAUUAUUAUCCUUUUAAAAAUUUCUGGUUAAUAUUAAUGAAUAUUAAUGAAUCAAGUCUUAUUAAGCAAUUCUUGAUGUACACUAAGAUGAAUUUGAGAAAAUAAAUUUGAUUCAAUUUAGUGACCUGUUUCUGAAGAUCACAGGAUCCAUUUUAAAAAACUAACUUCUAAAGUGAAAUUAGGUUCGAUUCACUUAUUCUCAAUAGCAAAAUUUAAGGUAUCUCUAUUAAAAGAGUAAAGGUAAUGGACAGUUGAGAGAUAUGACUUUCUUUAGAUAAUCAUUUUUCUAUUCACUCACCACAACAUAAAAAAUAUCAAUUUUUAUGAAAUGCCUGAUUGGAGAGAAUAAUUUUAAAACCAUUUGUUGCACAGUUGGAUUUUCAAAACUCAGCAAAAGUUCCAGGUUUGCAUGGUAAGAUUAAAAUAUGAAUAUUGAAACUAUUAAAUUGACCCAUUCUGCUACUAUUUAACACAUUACUAAUGAGAAGGUAUUGGAUUGUAUUAUUAUUUUUAAAUAAUAAAAGUUGAGUAGGUAAGAAGAAACUAAAAAUGACGUUUUAUGGAUUUUUUUUUUUUUUUGUGGUGCUGGGGAUUGAACCCAGGGCCUGUGUGCUUAUGAGGCAAGCACUCUACCAACUGAGCUAUCUCCCCAGCCCUGGAUGUAUUUAUUAAUAGUAUAUUUAAGCAAAAAUACUGAUUGUGAUUUUGAUAGUGGACCCUUUAAGUGGCACUUGCAGCACAGUUUACAUCUGCAAAAUUCAAACUGUUUUGGCUUUUUCUUUGCUAAGCAAAUAGUGUGUUUUGCUCUGGUAAUUAGAAGAGUUAGCAAUCAUACUUUUUUACCUGGAAUGCAUUACUUUUUUACCUGGAAUAUCUCUGUGAUUAAUGAACAAAUUGAAAAGAUACAUAUGACUUAAAAGUAGCCAUUCAGAUGAUGUGAUUUUUUUUAGAAACAUAUUUCUGAUUCAUUUUAUAUAUUACUUUUAGGAUUACAGUUAAUUUUGUUAUUGGUAGUUAAAUGUUACAUUAUGCUUUAUUAUAUUAUUCAAGACUUUGAAGUAAAAGGCUUGAUUGAUUUAAUUUGGAGUUCCAAAAUAUUGUUAAGCCUAAUUCUUUUAUAAAAUCAUCUUUUGAGUUAGGUCAGAGAGCUUUUAUGUAUAUCAGUAUUAUUAAUCUGAGGUUCCAUGGGUUUGGAGGAAUUUAUGAAUCCAUAACAUUGUGCAGAAAUUUUGUAUGUUGAAUGCCCUUUCAGGAAAGAGUGAUUGCAUGACUUUCUUAAAGGGGAUUAUAAACAAAAGAGAAACAAAACAUUUUUACAGUAAUAUCUUCUUAAAAUAAUAAUUUUCUUUUUAUUCCACAAAUCAUAGAUUUCCUUCCAUCUGAUCAUCUUCUCCAUUGAAUCCUGGAGAAAUUUUCUUUCGGUUUUCUCUUUCCUGUUGACCAUGGUAUUCUAUACCCUUUUCUUUACAAUCCUAUGAGUAAAAAACAAUUUAAGAAAUAAAGGAUUAUUUAGGGAAACUUUUGAAUAGUUUGAUGGUUUAUGAGUCAGGACUAAUAAAAAUUAUAGGAUAAUUUUCUUUCUAACAAGUUAAAAUAUUUUUUCAGGAAAAAUAUAGCUGCACUUUAGGUAAAUAACACUGAAAUCACCUGAUGCAAAAAUAGGACAUGUCAAUGUGAAGUCCUCUUCUGAGAACUUCAGGAAUUUGAGUUGGAAAAAAAUCUUAACAAGUUAAUAUAGAGAAUUAUGAUUUAAAAGUGAGAUUUAUUGCUUCUUUUUAACUGAUUCCCAGUCUAGUGCUUCACCCAUGUUGCCAACAGAACCAUCUCAUUCUUCAUCUUAAUUCCUUCAGGAGGUUUCAAGUUGAUUGAUUUUUUAGUUCGAAAAUAUUUAUUUUGAGAGAAUUUUUUUCUAAAUCAAAGCUUUGUACAUUUUCUUUUGGUUAUUUAUUUAGAGAUUUCUAUAUAAGAUACCUUCCCUUUUUAAAUUUUUUUUUAGUUGUAGAUGGACACAAUACUUUUAUUUUAUUUAUUUAUUUUUAUGUGGUACUGAGGAUUGAACCCAUUGCUUCACAUGUGCUAGGCAAGUGCUCUAACACUGAGCUACAACCCCAGUCCCACCUUCCUUUUUGUUAAGAUCACUUAAUAUUGGAUUUGAAAAUUAUUUUAGAUACUGAAGUUAUAAAAAACUUAGAUAAUUGGAGAAAACUUCUUAAAUUGAUGAUGUUUUACUGUGCUGCAUUUGAGUUAGAGAAGUCGAAUAAGCAGUAUUUAUAAUGCAAAUAAGAAACUUUGUUCACGGUAUAAUAUGUAGACUAAUACUAGAUGUUGAGAGUAGUAGAAUUACUCCUCAUAUUUGUUUUCCAAAAGUAAAAUCCAAAAUUGUGAUUUUUUUUUUCUUUUGUACUGAGGAUUGAACUCAGGGGUUCUUAACCACUGAACUAAAACCCCAGUCCUUUUUAUUUUUUAUUUUGAAACAGGGUCUUGCUAAGUUGCUGAGACUGGCUUUGAACUUGCAAUCCUUCUGCCUGAGCCUCACUUGUCAGUGGGAAAAUUGUGGAAUUUUGAGACUGUUUAGCAACAGUGUAGAAGAGUGGAACUUAAUUUUUAUUUAUUAAAAUAAGCAAAUAUAGUAGAACUAUUAGUUGAGGAAUAUGUUCCUCACUUAAACAGCAGAGCUCACUGAAUUAAAAAUCAGUAGAUAAAAUCACUGAUAAGAUACACUUUUAGAUGUUAUCCAUAGAAAUUAUUUUAUAUUAUAUAAUAGCAGAAAUUACCUCUAUAUUAAAAUGGAAUAAUAGGUGGGCAUUUUUGUUGAUGAAUAUAAUAUCUCACCUUGGCUGUUACCAAGUCUGUUAUCUUUGUAAAACUUUUCAUCUGCUUCUGUUUCUUGACACUGGUGAUGAUGAAAGUAAGAAUCUCAACAUCCUCAUGAUGGGAACGAUUUAUACUGAUGUUUUACUUUUGGAAAGCGAGGUGAAGUAUUACAAUAAAAUUGUUAAGUGUACUUAAAAAAUAAGUUUUAUAAGAAUUUUUACAACUCUCCUCAAUCAAUAUUCUGUCAUUACUUCAAUAAAAUUGGAAGAGAAAAGGAAAAAUAGAUCCGGACAUGAAAAUCAGGAAAACGUGUAAAAAUGACAUUUGACCAGUUUAAUCUUUUUAGUGUGUGAAGCUCAGACCAGCUCUGAAUAAAUGUCUGCUCAUUUCCUUUAUGUUACAGUGAUUCCUUUUGUAGGAAAAAAAAUGCCAAGUAUUCUUUUUGUCAUCAUCAAGAAAUAUCAGUGGGGUUGAGGAUAUAGUUCAGUUGGUAGAGUGCUUGCCUUGAAAGCACAAGGCCCUGGGUUCAAUCCCCUGCACCACAAAAAAAAAAAAAAAAAAAAAGGUAUCAGUGAGGUUUCCUUUAUUUGGAGUAUAUCAAAAUUAUCCUUCAAAGAACCAAUAUUGAACAUGUGUUAAGCUUCUGAAAGAAAUAUAUGUCCUCAUAAUUAGAAUUUAGAUUCGAAGGUUGAAUCUUAACCCAAGACUUUAUAUUUUGCUUGAAUAGAAGUAGGCAAACAGCAUUAACUUAAAUACUCGAUUUUUAUUUAAUGAUGAUAGAGACAUAGCCUUUGCCUUUAAGUAUAUUUUAUAUUCUUAUUGCUAAAGAAAUCACUAAGGAAAUCUUUAAUUGAAUUUAAGAAGGUUAGCUCCUUUUAUAUAUUUAUAUUAUAAAAUAAGCAGCGUUAUCUUAACUGUCUUUCCAAUGAAAAGAUGCAAGUGCUUGGACUAUAUUAAAUAUACUAUAUUGAAUAUAAAUAUAAUAUUGAAUAUAUAAUAUGAUGUGUACAUGCACAUGUAUUUUAAGGUUGUUGGUUUCUUCAAAUAUGUUUUUAAGUCUGCCUUCCAUAAAUAUAUGUUCUUUUUUUUUAAAUAUAAUUUUAGUUGUUGAUGGACCUUUAUACUCGGUGCUGUGAAUCAAAUCCAGUACCUCAUACAUGCCAGGCGAGCUCUCUAUCACUGAGCCACAACCCCAGCCCCUAUUAACAAGUUCUUAAAUCUGUCUUUAGCAUACAAUUUUUGAAUGGUAUAUAAAAAAGGAAACAUUAUUUUUACUUUAUAAAUCUAAUCUGUUCAUUUUUCAGCCAGACUCAUAGGUUGCCCUAAGUAUUCCUCUCAUCAGUAGAAACGGUUCUUUUCUAAUAAGUAAGCAAUCUUAAACACUUUUACCACUCUCAACAAAUACCGAUUCUCAUUAUUUUUCCUAAUGCAUGCCUGUAUUGUAUAUACUCAGCAUUUGAUUUGUUUUAAAUGACCCCAUCUAGAACAUUGUUCUAUAGAGUUUUUUCUUGUAUUUAUCAGAGUUGUAGCAGUGCUUUGCCUGAUGAUAUUAAGACAACAAUAGUGUUAUCAGUCUGUGAGCAACAGCCUUACCUCUUUAAUUUAAAUGAGCAUUUUCUAGGCUAGUGGUUCUUAAUUGAGAUUGCAGAUUAGACUUGUCUAUAGAGUUUUAUAAAUAUACGAUGUCCGGGCACUGCUUUGGUCUUACUGAAUCUCUUUACUUGAUAUUCUUGGCAUAAAAAAUUAUGUCUCAGGAUUAUUACAUUUUGAAGUGUUUUCCACUGUAGAAAUUAUAUCCAUUUAUUUUUACAAAUCAGGUAUAAUAUCCUGAGAGACAUUUUGUCUUGGUUUUAUUAUCUUUGUUUCUCAUGUACAGAAACAACCAAAUUUCCUUCUCAGUUCAUUAUUAUCAUGAACACUCCACAGACCUUUCAUAUUUGAAAUUUUUAACUAAUAUUUUAUCUUUAAAAAAAGUGUCUGUUUGCUAAUAUUAAUUCCCAAUAUUAAUCAUUAUUUUACACAUUUGAAUUAGAUAACAUUUUAAUAAGAGAAUUAAUUAAAAAAACCCUGAGUAACAAAUGCUUAAUUUAAAACAUAAUUAGAUCUCUUGUAGUCUUGAAGCUUAUAAUCAAUAGAAUUCUCCUAAUUAAGAAGCAUUGUAUAAAUUCUCCAAGUAUUUCUAACAAAUUCUUAGGUACAGCCUCUGUAUGGACAUGAUCUUUAAUUAUCCAUAAGUGUUAGGGGUAACAGAGCAUUAUUAACAUUUAAGAUAUUUAGUCCUAAAUUGAAUACAAUUAAAUUUUCUUUGUAAGAAAAUAUAAGACCAUCCUAGAAUAUAGGAGUGAUGUGGUUUUAUUUAGUAUGAGAUCUUUAUGUAAAAAUGAUCAUUUAUUAAAAGACUUUUCUGAUAUAUGGUAGUAAUUCCUCACAUCGUCUUAGAUUAUUAUCUCACUGACCUUUGUCACAUUUUUGUGGUUUCUAAACAUAUUGCAGGAUUCAGACCCAUGAAACAUGUUUUAGUGACAAGUGAAAACACAUAAAUUCAGUAGUAUUUAUCUUCCUGUUAAUGCUUGUCAUCUUACAAGCUGAAAAUUCAGAUGGAAAAGAACAAGUAGAAAGUCAUUAAUUCAGCAUUUUUCUAUGGUACAGUUUUCAUAUGUUUCCUUGGAAACAUUUUGCAAAUAUGACCAUAAUAAUAACAAUUCUGUCAUUUGAAAAAUUAUUCAGCUGGGCACUAUGGCACACCCCUAUAGUCCAAACUACUUGAGAGGCUAAGGUGAGAAAACCACUUGAGCCCAGGAGUUCAAGAUCAGCCUGCGCAACAUGGUGAGACCCUAUCUAAAAAAAAAAAAAAAGAAUCUAUUCGUAUUUCAAAGUUGACUAUUACAGUGACACUUAUAUGAUCGCUGUUUCAUUAUUUAACUUUAUUUAAAAAAUUUUUUUAUUUGUUCUACUUAGUUGUGCAUGACAGUAGAAUCCUUUUAUACAUUUUGAUAGAUCAUACAUAAAUAGAGUGUAAUCUCUUAUUUUUCUGAUUAUACUAUUUAAAUUUAUUUAUAACCAUUUUUGAGUGGAUAGAGUGAUUAGCUGCUUAUAACACAUUAUGAUGUGAGCCUAAGAAAGUUUAGAAUUUAGAAGAGAUUGAGAAUUUUACUGAUUUAAAUAUAACUAUUUUUAAAACAAUUAUUAUUCCAAUUCUUUUAAGUUUUAAUUUUGGUAAUAUAUUUCAACUUAAGAUAAAUUAAAAUUAACGGUUCUCUAAUAGUGUACUAGACAACUUUAAAAUGCUAUUUUUGAUGUUUUCUUUUGGUAACAUCUUCCCACACUAUCUAAACCAUGUAUUAUACCAUUUAGUGAACUAGACCUACAGAUUUAUAAGUGCUACUCUUGUAUUUUGAAGGGAAAAGAGCCCUUAUCUAUAAUAGACAACUAUUUUGCUCUUCAGAAUGCUGAAAUUAUAUUAGUAAAUAAGUGGUUCUGGCAAGGAUAUACCAGCAGUCAAAUUUAACUGAAAAAUAUUUCAGCUUCUUCAGUUCUUAUGUAGGGGUUAAAGAAAAUAAUUUGAUUUCUUCCUUUGGAAAUUAGAUUGCUGUUUUUAAAUUUUUAGUGGCUAAAUUAUAAUAGUUUCUUUAGCCCUGCCAAAAUUAUGAUUUAUUAUAGUAGAUUUUACUGUUGAAGACCUUUUACAUUUUAAACCAUGUUUUCCUCUUCUCUUCUUACUAAUCUCAAAGACUAAUUCAUAAACAUGAUCACCAAACCUUAUUUGUGGCUACUGCUUAUUUUAUAGUUAACUUUAUGUAAGAAAGCUUGUUAUAAAUCCAUGUGACUGUUUUAUUCAGAGACUCUUGAGAGAUAGACUAUCCUUCCCCAACUGUUUGCUUUUACACACUUGGAGCAAAAAUUUAGCAAAAAAUAAAUGUCUGGCCAGCCAUUUUCUGUCAGACUCAUUUCUAUGAGAAUCCAUUAAGGCAGAAAAAUUCAAGCAUAUUUGAUUAGUCUCUUUUGCCAGUGUUCUAGGACCCAGAAGAGUAGGAGCAUUUCACUGUUUAUUAACAGAGGGUGACAGUCUUGAAUGCUUGUAUAUUUAGAGGAGUUAACUGAGAAUUCAGAAUAAUUUGCUAAAGAAAGAAAAGUACUUAGAAAUUGUGCUGCUACUUAAAUAUUUAAGAAAUUCAAAAAGUUGUGUAUUUAUUUUAAAAGCGUUCCUUCUCAUUUAUUCUACUGGAAUUGACAAUGAAAAAGAGAACAUUAAGCCUUAUUUAUAUCUAAUUAUUGAUUGUGCAAACUGUGACUUAUUCGGUAUUCGUAUGCCAAAAAAAAAGGUUUUAAAGUUUUCAAGCAAGUUUUAGACUUAAUGGUAUGUAAAUAAUUUUGAUUAGUACAAGGAAGUUUCUGUUAUUUUGGUGCAAUACAUUCUUUCCCUCCUUGUCCUUCUAAAAGUAAGUAUAUUAAGAUGUAUGUUUUGUUCCAUUAAGUGAUGUGUUUCAAAAAUUCUGUGUGUGUACAUGAGUUAAUGUUUGAAUUUGUUUCUGUAUAGUAUGAUCAAAGAUGAUAAUUAAAAAUUUUGCACUUUUUUAGUCCCUUGGAAAUUUGUAUUGUAACACUUUUUAAGAAUGUACAUUUAUUUUGUACAUAAUAAAUUAGCUUUGUAUAUGAAAAUCAGUUUGAAUCAAAUAAAAAGAUGAUGUUACUUUCAGCAGUUGAUCUGUAAUUCUCAAUUUAUAGAGUCUAAUUAGAACUUAGCCUUGGCGAAAUUCUUUGUUAAGCCGAAAAUAAAUAGACCAUUGUUUCUUUCUUAUAUGAGUAGAAGUUCUUUGGUAGUCCUAUGUAAGCAAA